GAUUAGCUAGGCCGAUCGCUGCCUUUUAUUCUUCACAAAUGGGCGAACCGAGCGCUCUUUCUUUUUCAGAUCAUUCGUGGUGUUUGUAUUGGCAAUGUGCACUGGCUGUGUUCAAGCAACCGCAUGGUGGUAAAUCCGCAUGCGCCAGCAUGCGUUCUGUAUAUAUUUGCUGCUCUGUAUGUGGUUGUCGGUCUGUAUGUGUUUGUGAAAGCGAGAAGUCGGGCGCAGGAAUGGGGAAGGAGAGGCGUAGCCGAAAUCCGGUUGGAGGCCGCAUCCCUAUCGCCAUGCACAUGUAGCGUCCUACAAAGCACAGACAGGAGCCGCACCAGUUCAGCUACCCUUGCGGCACAUUGAAUGCUCACUAGUGGAGAACAGAGCCAUAUAGGUGAGUGCAAAUCG